CCACCACAACGGAAUCAAACAAUGGAAAGGGGAAAGGACGUACGAUGUUGAUCGAGUGAGAGGCGGGAUCCCGAGCUUACGAGUACUUGCUUGUGGAUGCUAUAAAAAACGGGAUCCCUAUUGUUCGUAAGUUGGUACUUGUAAGGUCAGGUUAAAUAGAUAGGAAUUAUUUAUAUAAAUGGUUGUAUAUAAUUAGUUGAAGUAACGUGUGCUAAUAUGAAAGCUAGAAUAGACUCGUUGUCCAAUGAAAGUGGUAUAAUUAAAUACAUCUCUAAUCACCUAUAAUUUGUCAUGUUCUGAAGAACGCCCAAUUAUAAAAACAGCAUAAGCCCCAGGCAGAUGGCAGUAGCAAAAGCAAAGACAAAAAGAAGAAUGGCGGAUUGGGGCCCUGUUCUUGUGGCGGUGAUUCUGUUCAUCCUGCUAUCGCCGGGGCUUCUGUUCCAAGUCCACGGCGCCGACAAGUUCAUCCAGUUCGGCAACUUUGAGACCAGCGCUACCUCCAUUUUUCUUCAUUCCCUCAUCUUCUUUGCUCUCUUUUGCCUCUUCACUCUCGUCCUCCAUCUUCAUAUCUACGUCUGAUUCCAUCCUUUUCUCAUCAAUUCUUACUUGUAAUGAUCUUUCAAUUCAUCAUUUUUCUUUUCGUUUCGCAACACUUUGUAUCGAUGUUGUAGUUAUUUAAAUCUCGUGAUUUUUUCUCACUUCUACAUAACGUGAGAUU